AGCACUUCAGUCUGCAGCUGAUAGGUUGUCAGCCUCUACCAACCUACUUGCGCAUCGAUUGGUCCACCCGGUUCUUCACUAGGUUCUCAUUGGCUUUUCAUGAUGGUAGUUCACUGUCGCCACAUGCUCGUUUACUUUAGAAUGAAUACAGAUUUGGGGAUUUUUUCGUUGGUCAUUUGAAUCAGGAGUCAGAGCGCCAGGGACUCGGAGCAUCGCUUGGCCACACCGCUGAAGAGAGAAUGAUGGAAUUUUGUUUCGGCAGCACAGUGGCCUGAGGAUAAUUAUCUGCCAGCUGAGAUUAAAGAAAAAAGAGAUACGUAGGGUAAAGAUGUUUUGCACGAAGCUGAAAGAUCUGAACAUUUCUGGAGAGUGUCCAUUCUCCAGCCUCGCCAAGAAGAGUGAGUCUGGAGACUUUGAGGAUUGCUCCAGUGACGCCGCGGAUAUAUUGCCUAUUUCUAAGGAUGUGCCAGAGAAAAGCGGCGAAGAUCUACCCCCUCAGAGACUAUCCAGAUUGAAAGUUAACCUUCAUUCACUUGGAGAAAGCAUCCAAAAACUGGCUAAUCCCGAGUUUCAAAGACUGCACACUGCUCUCGAUCGAAUAGUGAAUCCUAAAAUACACACGAGAGACAACGAAAGCCUAGAAACAUGCCCAUGCUCUUGUGACAAACCAGAACAUCUACUACACAUAAUGACGGAGUACUCCACCAAAACAGGGAUCCCAAUGGAGGCGGUGCAAGAGGCGUUGGGGGAGGAGCUCUUCCGGAUGUGCUACGAGGAGGACGGCCACGUGCUGCGGGUGGUCGGCGGCGCCCUCCACGACUUCCUCAACAGCUUCAACGUCCUGCUGAGACAGAGCAGCGGCGGGUCCAAACGGUCGCGCUCCGACUCUGACGCCGCCGCUGGCGGCGGCCCGGGGGGCUCAGCCCGCCACGAACCCUCGGUGCUGUGCCUGGACAAGGACCCGGGCCUGCUCACCGUGUACUACUUCAACCCCCAGCCCAUCACGGAGCUCUUCUUCCCUGGCGUGAUCCGUGCGGCCGCCCGGGUGCUGUACCACACCGGCGUGGAGGUGGCGCUCACGGACCCGGCGGGGGCCGGCAAGGACUGCAUCCUGCAGGCCAGCCCCCAGCACAGCCUGCGCUACACGGUCGUGGUGAAGGACGCCCGGAGCCUCAGCCCCAGCCCGCUGAGGGCCACCUCGGCCGGGACCUUCCCCGGCUCCCUGUUCUGCACCACCUUCCCCUUCCACCUGCUGCUGGACCAGGACCUGCUGCUGCUGCAGAUCGGACACGGCCUCCGCAAGAGGCUCCCCCGCAGGGAGGGCCCGCCGAGGCGGGCCACCUCCUUCCACGAGCACUUCUGCAUCGUGUCGCCCCGGAUCCGGUGCUCCUUCCAGGGCAUCCUGACCAUGCUGAACACACAGUUCAUCAUCCGGAUCAGGCACACGGACGGCUGCAGCGCGGACGGCAAAGGGAAGCCGAUGGACCUGAAGGGCCAGAUGAUCUUUGUGUCCGAGUCCAACGCCGUCCUCUUCCUGGGCUCCCCAUGCGUGGACAAGCUGGAGGAGCUGACGGGCCGCGGCCUGUACCUCUCCGACAUCCCCAUCCACAACGCCCUGCGCGACGUGGUGCUGGUCGGGGAGCAGGCCAAGGCCCAGGACGGCCUGAAGAAGCGCCUGGGGAAGGCCAAGACGGCGCUGGAGCACGCCCACCAAGCCCUGGAGGAGGAGAAGCAGAGGACGGUGGACCUCCUGUUCACCAUCUUCCCGGGCACCGUGGCCCAGGAGCUGUGGCAGGGCCACACGGUGCAGGCCAAGAAGUUUGACCGCGUCACCAUGCUGUUCUCCGACAUCGUGGGCUUCACGGCCGUGUGCUCGCGCUGCACGCCCAUGCAGGUGGUUACCAUGCUGAACGAGCUCUACACUCGCUUUGACCACCAGUGUGGGGAGCUGGACGUGUACAAGGUAGAGACUAUUGGCGAUGCUUACUGUGUAGCAGGUGGCUUGCACAAGGAAAGCGAGAUGCACGCGUUCCAAAUAGCACGCAUGGCGUUGAAGAUGAUGGAGCUAUCCAACGACGUUAGGACUCCCACGGGAGAUACCAUUGAGAUGCGCAUCGGCCUCCACACGGGGUCGGUGCUGGCCGGCGUGGUCGGGGUCAAGAUGCCGCGCUAUUGCCUGUUCGGCAACAACGUAACAUUGGCCAACAAGUUUGAAUCUGGAAGCCAACCGAGUAAAAUCAACGUCAGCCCCACUACUUACGGACUGCUGAAGGACUGCCAGGGGUUUGUCUUCAUUCCAAGGAGCCGACAGGACCUUCCGGCCAAUUUUCCAGACGAUAUCCCUGGUGUUUGUUACUUUCUGGAGCCCUCUGAUAAUAUCCCCGGCGGUGGCGGUGAUUUUAUGAAUGACUGUCUGCAGAAAGAGCUGGAGCACAACACCACCACCACCACCACAACCACUACAAACUGAAACUGAAACUGAAACUAGCAAAUUAACUAUUAAUGAAUUCCGAGUAUGUGUUUUCAGUUUUUUGUUUUGGAGCUACCAAUUAGACGACGAGGGUGUUUAUAUUUUAAAGCAUCGGUAUAGGUUUGUUGUUUUAAUAACUUGUAGAACUGUAUGUACAGUCCGGAGAGAGAGAGAGAGAGAGAGAGAGAGAGAGAGAAUUUAAAUUAAACACAACCUCUUUGUGAUCAUCAUCAUGGCUGCCAUCAAGAAGAAGGAUAUCUUGAAGUUAUUUUUAUUCCUUAACGUAGUCAACCAUGAAUAUGAAGUGCAAAAAAGCAGGUCAAGUGUCGUAUUUUGUCAUUUGACAUGCAUCUAUUUAAAAAAAACAUCUCUUUUCAAAUAUUGUGUUGUCACAAAAUCCCUAAAGAAUCCAGAACUGAUCUCUAAAUAUAGAGGACCAGGAAAUAUAAUAACUACAUUUCCUGUGAAAGUGAACAUUUGGAUAGAUUUAGGGGUUCACCUAUGACCAUUACAUUCCAGUAUUCACGUCUCCUUUCCUCUGCAAGUUGACGCAGAACAGAUAAACUCAAGGUGCCUUAUGGGAAAUGUCAGCUGUAGCAUGGGACAAACACACCCCUUCCUCUUUGUAUUACUGUAUACGUGCAUUUUCUAUUCUUCAUAGCUAGGGAUAAGGCUAAUGCAUUGUGUACAUUAACCCUUGUGAUACAUAUGUAUAAAUGUCAAGUAUAUGUUUUUCAACGUUUUUGUUGUUUUUACAGCACAGUAUGCAUUCUUAAACUCAUGUUUAAAAGAUCCAAAUCAUUCCAAAAUACACACCCUAGGCACAAUAUAUAUAUAUGUAUAUAUAUAUAUGUGUGUAUGUGUCCUAGUGUGUUUUUGUAAUUGUGUAAUUGCACAUUUUCCAAAAACAUACGACAACCACACAGAAGAAAACAAUGAAUGUUAUAAGACGUGUAUGGAAUUUAAAGUAUUAAUAUUAUUAUAGUUUGUAAUGUAAUCAAAGCACAAUAAAUAUUACAAUGACAAUACUUGCUUUA